CUUUUCCGCUCCCAAUUGCAGUUCGGACGCGAAAGUAUUCGCAGGUGCUUCGUCUAAACUCCGCAGCGCUGUUGCAGAAAGACAGAGCGAGAAAGACUACUGAAAGGGGAGAAGGAGAUACGACAACAAAAGAUAACUAAAAGAAAGAAAGCAGCAGAAGAAAAAAAACACACACAACUAUCCAAAUCGGUUAGUUCCAGAGCGCGUUGAUCCAAGUAACCUUUUGUCGGGUGUCGGCGGUGCUGCUGCAACAAGCGGGCGCUACACAGCACAGAUCCUUGCUGGUGUGCCUGUAACCGUGUGGUUGUGUCCGUAGAUGAACGCAAAGUGAAACCAAAAAAAAAGUAACAUUCGUUCCGGUAAGAAGCAUUCCAGUGGUGUUGUGGGGCCUUUAUCAAUAUCGAUUUAGCUAUCCAGCUCCUAUCGAUUCCUUCGGGUGCUUUCGUGGGGAGUGUUAAUUAUCUAACCCCUAGAAAUCCUUUCCCAAGCACCGUUUCUAUUGGGGGGUUUUGGGUCUCUCUGUCUCUCAGUGUGUGUUUGUGUGUGUGUGCUGAAGCGAUUGUUGUUAUCCAUCCGUGGCCCUCUGUUGUCGUCGUCGCCGUCGACGUUGUGCUAGGGAAAGGUGUGUCCGACUUUCGCGCGCGCGUGUGUGUAUGUGCGUUGUCGUUGGUGUGACGGCCAAAGGGUGUGUAGCUCUCUGUGUGCGAGAACCCCAUUUCUCCGCUGGCUGUGCGUGCGUGCGUGCAUGUGUGUGCGAGCGAAAUAGAGAGCAGCAGCAGCAGCAGCAGGAGAAGAUAUAUUGAUUUUUCCCAACCUUCUCGGGCGCGGUGAUGUGCCCGUUGAUGAUGGUGUUGUGAAGUGUGUGUGUGUGUGUGCGCCUGCUGGAACGCGAUGUUAUGAAGCAUGAGGUGGAAGCAAAAUCAGCCCAAUAAUCGUUUUGGUGAGAUGAGAUGAUGCACGUUUAGGGUGCCCACGUAGCUCUCUACUGCCAUAUUGCUUCAGCCUUUUUCGGGCCAAAUCAGCAACACGCGCGCGGACCGUUCAAGGAAUGUUUUGCUAGCGGGUGUUUGUCUGUGUGUGUGUGUUUAGUUGUGUACAAUUGAAUUCUCUCUAAUCCAAAGGCUCGAGGCCAACCUUGGAUUGCCUGCCGGUGCAAGCAGAAAAAUCAUUCAUCUGUGCUCGCACUCGCACACACGAACGCACCCAUACUGCUACUACUUGUGCCAGCAAAUGUGCUAAGCCGGCAUUUACGAUUUCUUCUUCACCGCUGGUGCGGGUACGUUGAAAUUCAGUGUUAAAUUUCUGCUGACAAAGGGCACGUUUGGGGAACUAAGCUCCAGCACUCAGAAAUUCGAACGUGUAAAGGCAAAAAAAAAGGCAGCAAACAUAGUAGGCAGAGCAGUAGCAGCUGCGUAAAGGCAAUACACACGUGUGUGUGGCGGCUGCAGUUAGAUGGGCAGUGUGGUGGAAUUCUAACGUGCGAUCGAAGAAACCAACGAAAGACGGCGCAUUCUGUACAAUACUGCCCGGGAGCGAAUUAGUGUGUGCGUUUGUGUAAUUCUGGAUUGUGUUUUCUCCUUUUCUUCGCAGUGGAAAGCGCGCUGAUAGUGGUACAAAACCCCCGGCAGACAAAAUGACUCGUAGAGCUAGUCAGGAUGUGAUACUGUCGAAAAGCUCCGAUACACUCAGUAGCCCGCCAUACCGAAGGAGCAAAUCCAGGAGUGUCGAUCAUGGACUGGCCGCACCGUUCGAUCUAGACUCGCUGCGCUCAAAGGUUGAGGGUAGAUUCGAAAGCAUCGAUCGACUAUCAAAAGAUGGCGAAAAGAAGCGCUCGAUGCCCACGAUACCCACCAUUACGUACACAGUGAAGGACCGGGACACGCUGACAUCGGUGGCGGCCCGCUUCGAUACGACCCCGUCAGAGCUGACGCAGCUGAACCGUUUGGCCAGUUCGUUCAUCUACUCCGGGCAGCAGCUGCUCGUGCCGGACAAAAAUGCCAAAGCGAGCGCGGAUGGCGAGUCCGAUGCUAGCACGGAACGUUCCUCCAACAGUCCCACCGAUGGUCGCCGCAAGGGCUCACAGGAAGAUUUGUCCCAGGACGAAAAAGAUUUGCUGGAAGGACUUCGCCCGGGCUCGCCGAAGCCGGGCCACAUCGAGCGCGUCGCCUCACCGAACACACAGAGCGGUGGCGCCGGCGGUGGUGGCGGAGGCGGUGGUACGGCCGGCACGGCAGCCGGCGGUGCCGAUGACGAUGAUCCCGUCACCAUCCAGCGCUUCCUGAAGAUUAACGUGCGGCACAUCACCGACGGGCAGGGUGUGGUGGGUGGCGUACUGCUCGUCACCCCGAACGCCGUCAUGUUCGAUCCGAACGUGUCGGACCCGCUAGUCAUCGAGCACGGGCCGGAAAGCUACGGCGUGAUUGCGCCGAUGGAGUUCAUCGUGAACGCGGCCAUAUUUAACGACAUUGCCCAUAUGCGCGUGCAGGGUGCGACCGGUGGCAACGAGACGGCGGAGAAGGCCGAAAUCUACCAUCCGGUGCCGGUGGAGAAACCGUGCUCGCGCUGCGACACCCACUCGCCCGGCAAGGAUUCGCUGCUGGUGAAGGACGAAACGUUCCCGGAGCUGGGCGUCGGCUCGGUGGAAGGGUGCGACGAUCAGGAGUCGAUCUGCUCGAGCAACGAGCGGGACGGGGACGCAUUUCCGAAAGCGUUCGAGCGGGACCUGGUGACGCCCAACAACCUGCAGCGCCUGCACGGCGACUCGACGGAGAGCGGUGGCAGCUCGGUGGAGCCGAAAGCGUCCUCCACCGAGCCGCCCCUCUUCCUGUCAUACGAUCGUGACUCCUCCCAGUCUCACACGCCCAACUCCCUCGACCACAGUGCCGGUGCUUCGAACGAGCAGCAGCAGCAGCAGCAGAAGCAGGCAGGCGAUAAGACUGACCAAACCAAGACCAACAGUAUCUUAGAGGAUCCCACCAUGCGCUCCCUGGAGGAGCGGCGGAGAAGCCUACUCGACCAGCACUGGGCAAUCCCCAGCAAGGACAGAUUAAAGUGUUAUUGCGAUCAAUCAUCAUCUCGAAGAUCUCUGGACGACGAGGAGGCGGCAAGCACCGGCAGCGGAGCUACGGCCACAUCCUCCUCCACGGCUGGCGCCGGCUCGAUCGGCGGUGGUGCAACGGGAGGCGCCCACGGUGCCCACCACGCCCCGAUAGCGCCGAUCGCCGAGGCAGCCGGUGACGGGCAGCUGGUGAAGCAGUCGUGCCACGAUUCCGGCAUCGAUAUCCGUGACCCGGCCCACGGCUCCUCACUGACGACGGGUGCCACCGGGGGCAGUGGCAGCAGUGCGGCCAGCUCGGUCGCCAGCAUCCCCAUUGUGGCGCCGAUCGCAGCGAAAAAAGUGUACAGCGAUGCGGACAUCGUGCUGAGCGCGGACUGGGUCCCACCGCUCACGAUUGCACCGACCCACCUGCACGACAGCUCGCCACGCAGCAGCAGCUCGCUGGUGUCGUCCGCACACCAGAGCACCCUGUCCACGCUGACGUCCGAUGCCGGUGGCCGGAAGAAGACGUCCAGCGUGAGCUUCAGCGUGGACGAGCACGAUGCGCACGGUGCUACCGGUCCGGCCGGAUCCGGAUCGCUCGAUAAGGGUGGCGAAACGAAAAAGAACAAGAUGCUAAAGCGGCUCUCCUACCCACUGGCCUGGGUUGAAGGAUUGACGGGCGAAGGUGGCAGCAGCAGCCACAAGUCAGAUUCGAUUGAAUCAGCACCCAACACCGGUGACUCUAAUCAGAGCGUAUUUUCAAAAGUAUUUUCCAGCUCACCCAUCACAUUGGUUUCGGAGCUGGGCGGAAAUUUGUUUUUGUCCAAGACGCCAUCGGAAGACUCCGGGGGCUCGCCGGUUCCGCCACUGACACCGCACGAGGCGCAAACAGGGGGGUCGGUUACGGCCGGACGAUCAUCGAUCGGUACAUUCAUUCGCCAGCAUCCCUCUGAGGGUAGCGCGAACAAGCAGAAGCCGGCGCCACCGAAACUGGACUACCGUUCAAUGGUGUCCAUCGACGAUAUGCCAACACUGUUCGUCAGCUUUGAUAUGAAGGCCCCAUUGUUUCCUCAACUUGAGAAACUUGAGCUUAUCCCACGACCGGCCCGAGCUUGUCCGGACCCACCGAUGUACCUUCGGUUGCGCAUGGGACGCAAGAUCGGCAAGAACACACCGCUGCCGACGACGGUAAUGUCCUACGGCAAAAACAAGCUGCGUCCCGAGUAUUGGUUUAGCAUUCCAAAAAAUAAGGUUGAUGAAUUGUAUCGCUUCUUGAAUGCCUGGGUGCAACACCUGUAUGGUGAGCUGGAUGAAGCUGCCAUCAAGGAACGAGGUUUUGAGCUCAUCCAGAUGGAUACCGAAUGGACGGCGAAAACUGGCAGUCCGUCGAAGGACGGUCGUUCUGCCAGUGAAGGCGAAAUCUCCGAGUAUACACGUGAAUCGUGGGAGCUGCUAAAGGCACCGUUCGUUAAAACCUACAACAUAAUCAAAAGUCAAACUGGAUCGAACGAUUUGGACGGUUGUGAGGUUCUGUCUAUGAGCACAGAUGACUACAGAAAAGCGACCCUGUUUGCGUCUGGUUCGUUCGAUCAGGACUUCCAGAUUCCGGACCUCGUCGGUCAGACCGAGAUCCUCAGCGAGGAGCACAGGGAAAAGCUGUGUGCUCAUCUACCGGCACGUGCUGAGGGAUACUCGUGGUCUCUCGUGUUCAGCACCUCACAGCACGGCUUUUCGCUGAACUCGCUCUACCGCAAGAUGCACAAGCUAGAGAGCCCCAUACUGAUCGUGAUAGAGGAUACGGAUCACAAUGUGUUUGGUGCGCUCACGUCCUGCUCGCUGCACGUGUCGGACCAUUUCUACGGCACCGGCGAAUCGCUGCUGUACAAAUUUAAUCCACACUUCAAGGUGUUCCAUUGGAGCGGCGAGAAUCUGUACUUCAUCAAGGGCAACCCGGAAAGCUUGGCGAUCGGUGCCGGAGACGGCAAAUUUGGCCUUUGGCUGGAUGGCGAUCUGAAUCAGGGCCGAUCGCAGCACUGCAGCACGUACUCGAACGAGCCGCUCGCACCGCAGGAAGAUUUCGUCAUCAAAACGCUCGAAUGCUGGGCCUUUGUUUAAAGCAACUUCAGCUCUUCAAGGAAGAUGUACCGGGGGACAAAACAUACAUUGUUCUGGUGGUAUAAGAAACCCUCUAAAACCAAGCUUCAAGCCCCCCCUUCCCGCAUAUAUGCAUUCACACACACACAUGCACACACCGUAGGUACUGUACGAUCGUCUACUACUGCUACCCCCUAUACCAGGGUGGUUAGAUCCUCAAGUAGGGAGUUGGUCGUUCGUUGGCAUGAAUGGAAUGAAAAGCUCGUUUUGAAUCGUCGCAUAGUCGGAUUGUAUUCACUACCGGGUUUUUGCCCCCCAUCUCGCAAACCUCGUGGAGAGCGAUGCUAGGUCGUGUGUAUGUGUGUGUGUGGGUCGGCGUGUGACGUUUACCGAUCGGUGCAGAUCGGCGCUUGUGUGUUGCUUUUGCGCCCGUACGGUGAUCAAGCGGACGACAAGCCCGUAGGCGUAGGGUGGCGGCACGGAGUGCAAACAUUCAAAUUACAAAACAAACAAAAAACAACAACAUAGUGAUAAUGUAGCAAGAGCAGCAGAAACACGUUUACUGUAGACUGUAAGACUAAAGCGAGACAGAGACAGACGGAAAGUAAUCCCCAAUCAUUCUCUCCCAGCCCUCCCCCCCCCCCCCCCACCAUUUCUCUCCCAUGCAUAUUGCAAACAAAAAAAAAGAAUAAAUGUUGUUAUAGUGUAUCCUGAGCCUGGAGCAUAAUUAGCAAAAGCGAUAGAAAUGAGACUUUAGCAAGAGGGAAGAAGAAAGAUGGUGCGCGGAAGGUAUAUAGAUAUAUAUUUAAAGAAGAUAAGCAAACAAACAAAAAACACAAACACAUACACACAGAGGAGAAAAGAAAAUUGUAACCAAGAAAGGAUCAAUUUGUGCGCGCAGUGAUGAUGUAAUGUCGGAAGCGUAACGGAGAAACAAGCAAGAAGAGGAAGCCGGAAUGGAUGCAGAAGCACAGAAACGCAUAACUAUUAAACUCUAUCACCAAGACCAUAGUAGUUGAAUAUCUAGACUUUAUCCCCUACUUUAUCCCUUUUCGGAAAACACACACAGACCCACAACAAUCGCCUCCCCCCGAGCAAAACGAAUUAUUAGGACAAAGCGUGCAAAAGUUAAUCCCAAUGGUGUGAUGCUUCUAACGUGGCAUCAUCCUACAGCUACACACACAAACACACCACACCAGUUAAUUAAGGUGCAAUAGUAGGGCACCCACCAGUAGCAGCAAGUGAAUGUUGGUUCAUAUAUCCCGGUUUAGGAUAAAAAAAGAAGGGAAAAUUGUCUUUAGAUGGUGCUUUACUAGAAGAGUAGUGUUUGCAUGGCAGCGUACAGCUAGCGUACCGUGCUUUUUUUGUCGCUGUGUGUGUUGUGUCCGGUGUUUGUUUUGCCUAGUGGUCGUGUCAACCCGUGUGUUAGAGUGGAGUGGAGCAGGAAGAGAAAGAGCCUUAGCUCUUAGCUAGCACAGCGGAAGAAGCGCAUGUGCGGUGUUGGUAGUGUGGUGCAGCAGGGAAGUAGCACAAUGAUGCAGUUCCUCAAAAGCAAAAUCAAACUCUCUUGUGCACCGCACACACACACACCCAGAUUGUUCCUGUCGGAAAGCGCACGUGUGUGUGUGCGCAUGCUCUAAACGCCAUUUACCAUUGGGAUAUGCUCUGCUGCAUCACAUUUUACACAUCAAGCAAUUCAUCGGUUGUUUUUGUAGAUUGUUAUACAACACACACACACACACCAGAUCACUAAGUUGAUGUGAUUUGAAUGUGCAAUUACCCCCAAUGUGCUUCUCAUUCUCUUUCGCCCACCUGCUUGCUGGAUGAAAUUUGAAACCACUGUGUUUCGAACGUUCUUGCUCUGUGUUGUUAUGCGAUUUGCUUGAAACCAAGCGUACGCUAAGAGCAACGUAGUAGAGCAAGACAACAUUAACGAAUGAGCCUCUCUAUUGUUGAUUGAACCGUUUUUCUUUGUUUUUGUUUUUGUUUAAGUAAACACAAGAAGAUGAAGCAAAAAAAACCGUCGACAAACGAAACCGACAGCAGCGCGCACACGUUUACUACAAUCCAUUGCGCCAAAGCACGAAGAAGAAACGAACAGAACAACUUGUACUUGAAAGUCGAUCGAUUGUUUUUUGCUGUGGAAAAUUAUCUACCAAAGCGAACGGGCGCGCGAACACAGCCGCAAGAAGCUGCGUUCAGAGAAGGAGAGACAAAAACAAGCUAAGAGCAAAUAUUUACAAACGCAAACAAACAAAGUCUCGCAAAUUGUGCGAGUGCGGUGGAUGCGUGAAAAACUCUAGCGUAAGUUAGACGGAUUUAGUUGAUCGGGCAACAACUGUGUAUUGUUUUGCUGUUUUUUUUUUCGUUCAUUUAAUUCCAUUUUUUUUAUUUAUUACUUCUGUAUUCCCCUCUUACUAUUGGUGCGGCAAUUGGAUUUUGGGCCACUGAUUGGAGCUUUCCUUUCUCUCUCCUACGAAAGAGGACUAGCGAGAAAGUUGGCAAUUUGGCGAUAGAAAACACACCCAACACAAAUCAGUAGUACAAACACAUAAACACACACACACACACACACACACACACACACACACACACACACACACACACACACACACACACACACACACACACACACACACACACACACACACACACACACAAGUCGAAUCCAUUCGGAUCUUUGGCGGAAAGUUAUUUGUAUGGUUGCCCCAAACCAUCGCCUAAAGUGUGCGUAAAUUAUUGGGAGCAAAGAAAAAGGGGAAAAACAGCUUUUUCCGCUAACUUUUCAUACCUAAUUGGGCGAGUUGAUUGUGAAGAGCAUUGAGCAAAACCGGCGGGGAACCGCGGUAAAUGUUACUAUUUCUUAUUGAUUCGAUUCUGAUUCGGCAUUUCGCAUUCCCGCACGCUGUUCAUUCGACACUUUGUGAUAUUUACUCUUUCUCUGUUUGUUGUUUUGUCUUUUUUUCUUUUCUUUUUUUCCUGUUUUCCAACUUUUUCCUUUUCUACAAUUACAUUCUGUUGUGGUUUUGUUUGUGUGUGCGUGUGUGUGUGUGUGACAAAAUGCGUUUUCUGUCGUACUCUUCAGUACACACAAAACCACUCUUAUUUAUUAAACACAGACACACGCAUUCAGUUUGAUAUUACGGUUCGUUCUGUUCUUGGUAGAUGCAAGUUGGUAGAUGCGCUCUUCCACGAGGGUUGUUAGGACGAUACAAAAACAAUUAAUAUACUGCUCCCGCACUCCAAACAUAAAUAUUCCCUUCCCAAUCUAUCCCCUUUUUGAGCUGAUUGAUGUUUUGUGUGUAUUAUUUUACGUUUAAUAUAUAUAUGUAUGUAGCCGUUACUCGAGUCAAACCCCCCCCCCCCUCUACCCCCCCGUCCCCCGCUACCCUUUCCAAUUGUUAAUAUUUUAACAAACUUUAUAUUUAAGACAGUAAAACGCGCGUCUACAACACGUUUAGUGUGUGUAUGACGGGACAAGAAUAAAUUCAUUCAUUUUAA